UCUUUGUUUCCCUCCAAGGGGAAGAAGUAAAGUGGGAACAGGCUACACAAAGCGGAAGCAGGGUCAGUUAGUGCUGUUAGAUAGUUUACGUCCCUGUGUUGAUCGCGUUGGUGUAGUGUGCGGGAUGGCGGCUGCUUCCAACAUUGAUCUUGACGCCACACAGCAUCUAAGGGACAUUCUGAAGCUCGACCGUCCCGAGGAUCCUGUAAGUGAAAACCAGCAAAAGUCAGGUUCCUUUAAUGGAGAUUUGAAUGGAUUUCUUGCCGCUGAUCCUACUGUGUCUGGAGAUGCGGAUAGUGUUGAUGCCACUUUGCUGGACUCAAGUCUCCAAAAUGCUAAUACAGUACCCUUCUCAGAAAAACAAGUCGUUUGCCUCUCCGGAGGUGACUCCUCUUCUUGUAUUGAGAUUAUAGGCAAAGAUGUUGAAAUUGUGGCCAGUAACGAUUCAAGUAUCUGCAGUAAGGCUAGAGGAAGCAACAAGGUCACAAUUCAACCUGUAGCAAAAUAUGACUGGGAACAGAAGUACUACAAUGGCAAUUUGAUUGCUGUUUCUAAUGCUUACCUUGCGUAUGCUACUAGAGGUUCGAAUGGGUCAGCAAUGAUUCGUGUCCUAAGCGUCACAACAGCCGAAAGGAUUUUGCUGAAAGGUAUUACAGGUAGUGUGUCAGACCUAGCAUUUGCUCACCUCAACUCAAACCAACUAGCAUGUCUGGAUGAAGCCGGAAGUCUCUUUGUGUGGCGACUGACCAUGGAGAAUGGUAAAAUACAAGAUGAGAUUGUUGUUCACAUACGAAGACCAGACCUCAGUCAUUUAAAUAGUCACCGUAGAAUUAUCUGGUGUCCCUAUAUCCCUGAGGAAAAUGAAGAUAAUUCUUUAGAGGACACCAGCCAAACUGUUGCUUUAUUGCAUGAAGAUCGGGCUGAGGUUUGGGAUCUUGAGAUUGUACGAGCAAAUCACAACUCAUGGCCAACAGAAGUCUUCGAUAUAAAGGAAGGUUUCAUUGUUGUAAAAGGACAUUCUGGGCAUCUGAGCGAGGGUGCUCUUUCCCCUGAUGGAACUGUUUUAGCCACUGCUAGUCAUGAUGGCUAUGUGAAGUUUUGGCAGAUCUAUAUAGAGGGCCUAGAUCAACCAAGGUGUCUCCAUGAGUGGAAACCUCACAAUGGAAGACCUGUGUCUUGUUUACUGUUUUGUGACAACCACAAGAAACAGGAUCCAGAGGUUCCCUUUUGGAGGUUCCUGAUCACAGGGGCAGAUCAGAACAGACGACUUAAAAUGUGGUGUACAGUUUCCUGGACAUGCCUGCAAACAAUCUGUUUUUCACCAGACCCAUUUAGCUCCAGUGUUUUACCAGGAUUAAAGGCUUCUCUGGAUUUGUCUGCCGAGUUCCUGAUACUCACUGAUGUUCAAAGAAAAGUAUUGUAUGUGAUGGAGUUAUUGCAGAAUCAGGAUAAUGGAACAGCAUCUUUUAUUUCAAUUUCUGAGUUUUUACUUACUCAUCCUGUUUUGAGUUUUGGAAUCCAGGAUGUUAGUCGCUGCCGUCUUCGGCAUACAGAGGUUCUUCCAUCAGAGGUAGAGAAUGACAAUAUCAGUGAAGAAGAGACACUGGAAUCUGAUGAAGUAGACUCAACUGCUGGUGUGCUUAUUAAACUGUUCUGUGUACACACAAAGGCUCUGCAAGAUGUGCAGAUAAGGUUUAAGCCUCAUCGGAGUCUGGAGUCAGCUGUCAUUACUUCAAAAGGAACAAAUGAAGAUUUUGAUUCACCAGAUCAAAUAAUAGACAUCAGCACAGAAGCUACAGAGUCCCUCUGUGGAUCCCAGUCUGAAACUGUUAGAACCAACACAGAUUUCCUGUUGCUGCCAACAGACUCUAAGAUUAAAUUAAUGACUCCAGAUGCUUUCAUAAUGCCCAGCGGUUCAGUUCAACAGAUUGUUUUGUCUCCUGGAUCCAGUUUUAGCUCACUUACAUCUGUCACACCUAUAACCAAUGCCUCAAUCAGUGAUGCAAGUGUUUCCAGAAUUUCUGAUGAAAUUACACCAAGUACAAAGCUACAAUUGGAGAACGACAUUACUUUAAGUAGCUCUAUCAACAGUGGAAGCUUUCAAGCUAGUUCACGAACACCUACUGUACUUAUCCCAGGGCUACCUGAGAAACUGAUGCCUAAACCAAUUGUACAGGUUACUCCAUCUAGUCUUCCCUUAGAACUACAAAGUUUGGAGCCUUUGGUGAUGCCCCAGGCUUCUCCUACUCGUGAACGUUCCCCUGAUGUGAUCUCGAGUGCUUCCACUGCUAUGUCUCAAGAUAUACCAGAGAUUGCCUCAGAGACACUGCAGAGAAGUUACCCAGCCCCUAUAUCUUUAGGCCUGACUCCAGAUGGUAGUGACACAUCUAAUCAGAUACCAAGCAUGAGCUCUGCUGCUUCUGCCCUCUACCUUCUCUCAACGCGGAAUCGUAACACAUCAGAGUAUACACUUCGGUCAUUGGAACUUGUGUCUCCUGAGAUUGAUGAUGAGCUGAUCGGUGCUCAGUCUCUGGACAAUACAAACCCUCAGGAGAAAGUAAAUGAAGUAAUGUCUCACUCAUGGCCAGCAGCACCUGAUAUAACACGGGAGACCCGAAAUAAUGUAAUAGAAAGUGACCACGAUGAUGAAGUAGCCAGUUUAGCAAACACUAUGAGCGGCUUUGGUGGAAAGGGUCAGAGUCCACGGCUAGUUGUGAAUGACUGGAAAACUAAAGUAUCGCCACUCGCUUCACCAAAACCUUGCAAGAAUUCCAUGAAAGAUGACAAGGACCUGCCACAGUCUCCAAAAAUACAUGACCUCAAGGCAAGUUACGAGCAGCAUGAUGAGUUGAUGGCUCUCCUGUACAGUCAACAGAAAGAACUUUCAGAGCUUCGCCAAAAUCAGUUGGAGUUGAUUCAGAGACUCACUGAUCAUAUGGAUGCAGUUCAAAGCUCCAUAAUGGGCCAUGUGGAACGUGUGAUUGACAACCAGCAGGAACAGGAACAAAGGAGAUUAGAUCGAAUCCUAAGUGAUGCGCAGCAGAGAAAUGGUCAGCUGCAGGAAUACCUUUCUCAGCAGCUCUCACAUUCACUUUCUGGAUCACUGUUUAACAGACUUGAUAAAACAAUCCGAGAAGAAAUUAAAAAGACUGUUCCUCAAUGUAUCACUAAGAGUCUGGAGCCAGUCACCGGGCAGCUGAACAGCACAAUUACAUCAAAGCUAACUUCUGUGGAGGGAACACUUAAGGAGAAUGUCACCAAGAUGGUUAAAUCAAAGAAUAUUACUGAUGCCAUUGGUCGAGCGGUUGCUGAUGCCCUUCAUUUAACAAUCCACACAGCAUACAGAGAAACUUUCCAGAGCAUUGUGCUUCCUGCAUUUGAGAAGGGUUGUCAGUCUAUGUUCCAGCAGAUAAAUAGCAGCUUCAAACAAGGCACCCAAGAGUAUAUGCAGCAGUUGGAAACUCAUCUUAAAAACAGAAAAUCACAUGAACAGGAAAUACGAGAUCCCCUGGUGACGCAACUACAACAAUUAAUAGACUCUCUCCAAACAACAACUGACCAUUUGUCUUCUAACUUGACUGGAAAUGUCCGAUCUGAGGUCCAACAUCAGCUACAUGUAGCUGUUGGAAACAUGCAGGACUCUAUUCUGAUGCAGAUCCAGAGAGUUAUUAAGGAAGAAGUAAAUAAUGCUAUGAAGGAACAGCAAGCAGCAGUCACCACAAGUAUCAUGCAUGCCAUGCGGUCUGCUGCAGGAACACCAAUCCCGUCCGCUCAUCAUGACUAUCAGUCACAGCAGGCUCACAUACUCCAGCUUCUUCAGCAAGGCCAACUCAACCAGGCCUUCCAGCAGGCUCUGACUGCAUCAGAUCUGAAUUUGAUCCUAUAUGUUUGUGAGACUGUAGAUUCACAACAAGUUUUUGGUCAGCACCCAUGCCCUCUUACUCAACCUGUCCUGCUUUCACUCAUCCAGCAGCUGUCUUUUGAUUUGUGUACCCGUACUGAACUCAAACUGAACUAUUUAGAAGAAGCAGUGAUGCAUCUUGAUCACAGUGACCCUGUAACUAGAGAUCACAUGGGCACCAUCAUGAAUCAAGUGCGGCAGAAGCUGUUCCAGUUCUUACAAGUGGAGCCUCAUACCCCCUUACAGAAGCCUGCUCGGCGUCUCAUGAUAAUGCUACAAGGGUUGGUCACCCCAGCUAUGAGCUAGACUCAGAUUUCAAAGACAUGCCUGUCUUUACAGUAUUUGUGACCAUUUACUAAAGACUUCCCACUGACUAUGUAAUGAACUGCAAGAAUAUUCAGAGAUGUUACUUUUGUGCCACUAAAGUUUAUUUCACCUCCCUGCUUUUUUAGUCAUGAAGAUUAAAUAUACUUUGGUUUUUUUCCAUUUAAUUUUGUCUUUAACCAUAUGUUAUUUUGAUAUGUUAUUUUUUGAUUGUCUUCUACAGACCCAUGUUAUGUGCCUACAUUGCAGUAAGGAAAUUGUUCCUGUACCUAAGGCAAAAAUUAACAAACUCUAAACCUUUUGCUAUAGUAGGUACUUGUAAUAUAUACCUUUUGUAUAGCUUUAAUAGCAGAAUUUUAAGAUCUAAUACUUCCUGUGUGAUUCUUUUCCUUCUCUGUAAAAAUAGCAAUAAAAGCAUAGUUUUGUUUUUAUGAGA